CCUCUUCCUCUAUUCGUAGAGAGAAGCAUCUCCACUUCAACGCACCCAAACUCCCUCAAUCGUCAGCGACUCUUCUGCGAAGCUGUGAAUGCUGGGCUCGGCGUGGAUCGGCAUCUCUCCCUUCCUCCAUCAGGAGCAUCUCGUCAGGACUCCAGUUCUUCCUUAGGAGACAGAAUGAACAUGAAGGUUGACCAGUCAUCUGAUAUUGAACCUGCUGGAUUAAAGAUGGGAGGGGCUUCAGCAGCAUCAACAUCUAGCCCCAAGGUCUCCAUGUUCAAGAAAUCUGGUUUUGUCAUUCCAAAAAACAAGUUAUCAGGUUCAAUGGUUCCCAUCUUUAGAGGAAAUAAGAAGCUGGGUGGUGGUGAUACAGCUAGUGAGGAAAGUGGCAAACAGGGGCAGAGGAAAACAAAAUGGGGACCUGACUUGACCCAAGAUGCUGCAGUCAGGAGAGCAAGAGCCUUGGCCUAUCAGACUCGGGUGGACCAAAUUACAAAACAACUAGGGUCGGGAAUUUUGGAGAUUGAUGAGAAUCUGGAAUCACUGUCAGCAGCUGAACAGCCUUGUGAAAGAUCUUUUAAUCAUGUCCUUGACAGAGAGUCGACAAAAUUGUUGGAGCUUGAAAAGCGGGAAGCUAUAGGCGAAAUCCUCAAGUUAAAUGCAAGUUUCAAGGCACCACCUGAUUAUAAACCCCUGUUGAAAGAGGACAGAGUGCUCAUUCCUGUAAAGGAGUAUCCUGGAUACAAUUUCAUUGGCUUGAUCUUUGGGCCUGGAGGUGAUAAUCGAAAGAGACUAGAAAAGGAAACUGGAGCUAAGAUACAGGUGUAUGCUGUCAAGUCUGGGACCAGGGAUAAGGGUGAAAUGAUUUCAGCUGAUGGAAAUGAUUCCCAGGGUUCUUUUGAAGAAAUAAAUGUGCAUAUAUCUGCUGAUACAUUUGAGAAAGUUGAUGCAGCAAUGUCCGUCAUUGAAUUGCUAGUAACAUCUGUAUCUGGUAAUCCUGCUGCUGCUUCUACAACAUCUGCUUCGAGUCCAGCUGAGAGCAAGAAUGUCCCCAGUUAUUUAAACUCAUCUUCUGUGGACGCUGUUCCAGUAACAAGUCGGGGACACCUUGAAGAUUUUAUGGGUUCCUCACAGACUCCUCCUCAGGUUCAGUUUCAAUAUUCAAAUCCAUGGUUUGCCAACACCCCCCACAAUGCUCCAGCAAAUCAAUUUCCUGGUUUCAUUCCAUCACCAAAUGCUUCAGCACCUAGUCUGAAUAGUCCUGGCCAUCAAAUGCCUUCUCUCUUUGGUCCUCGACCAGCUCCUCUAGCUGCAUUUAACUCCUUAUCUCAGAGUCCAUCUCUGCUCCCGCCAAGACAAAAUCCAUCCUCUCAAUAUAUGCAAAAUUCAGUAAUGAUGCAUCCUUCUGGUGUUGGUCCUCCACCAAGAAAUUUUCCUUCAUUUCCGCAGGCUUCAUUACCGGCUCCACCAGUUCAUUCAGCUCCUAUGCCCUUUUCUGUGAGCCAAUCGCCACAAACCAGAAUGCUAGCAAUUCCUUCAUUUCCUCAACUCCCAGCAAAUGCUACAGCAGGACCACAGUUCGAUCGUCCCUUAGUACCAGCUGGGGGCCCUAGCAAUAUGAUGCAGGUGGGUCCACCCCCUGUGCCCACAUCCAUCAACCUACAACCAAACAUUGCGUCUUCGGCACCAAUUACAAAUGCUUCAGCUGGGAGCACAAGCUUGAUCGCAGGUCCUACCUACCCAUCUGCUCAAUCAACUCCAUACUCGAUGGCUGUGUCAGGGAGUCGUCCUGCUGGUGUCCCUGUGUUCUCUUCUAUGCCACCACCGAUGCCAAUUCAAUCUGCAAACAGCACACAAGGGGCACUUGUCCCUCGUCUGACAAUGAACCCUUUUCCAGGAUCUCUGCCAACCCCUUCACCAGUGCCGUCAGGAUCACCUGCCCUGUCUUUUCAGUCAGCCCCAAGUACUUUCACUGGGAAUAUGCACAAUUUUACCCCCAUUAGAUCGCCAGCUAAUGCUGCUCCAAGUCCACAUCGUCCAAAUUUCGGGGAUUUCACUUUCCAGCCUCAGCAGCCGCAAGGCGCACUUACCUUCUCUGGGCCAGGAGUACAAACUCCUUUACCUCAGCCUACCUCUUUCCGCCCACCUAUACAUGAUUCUCAACCUAUAACGCCUGUCCUCCUAAGGCCAUCAAUGGGAGCGCAGACAGCUCGACCUCAAGGCGGCCCAUCCCCAAUUCCAUUUCCAGGAGACCUGUCGAGAUUUCCCUCGUUUCCAGUGUUGGGCCCCACACCAGUAUCCCAGAUGGGGCCAAGGAACAUGAAUCUGGCAGCCCAACUUCCGGACCUUGCUGGCAGUUUUCCCUCCAGGCCUGGCAAUCCGAUGGAAGCUCAGAGGACCUUCCAUGGUCAAAUGAAUCAACAGCCGAGACACCACUUUAUUCACAGUCCAUCUGCCUUUCCUGGCAGACCGGCCCUAGGCCCUGGUGGGAGGCAAAUUUACGAUCCGUUCUCACCGACCUCGGCUCCUAAUGCACCUCAGCAGCACGGAGGGAAUCCAGCGAUUGGAAAGAGACAGGAGAAUGACCCCGAGUAUGAAGACUUGAUGGCCUCUGUUGGAGUAAAAUGAAGGAGUUGCUCUUUCAGUGAAGCGCUGACAUUAAUUGUGAAAGCAGAGUAGCAUCAUCAUUACAAGUGUUUUAAGUGUACUCCUUUUCGCUUUACAAUUUAAAUGCAGGUAUCUUGUAUUGUACUUCCGUA